UAACACUGCUAGAAAUCGUUUAAAAACGAAAAUAAGUAAUCAAAACAGAACUAUCGCGAAUUUAUUCGAAAUCAUAUAAAUUUAUUAAAAAUAUGUCUAGUAAAAAGUUUAGUGAUAUAAAUCUUUAUGAACUUCUUGGUAUUGAGAUUGAGGCCGAGCAAGCGGAAAUACGAAGAGCUUAUAGAAAGAAAGCACUUGAGUGCCAUCCUGACAAAAAUCCGGAUAACCCCAAGGCUGCCGAACUUUUCCAUGAGCUAUCUAAAGCUUUGGAAAUACUUACUGACACAUCGGCUCGUGAUGCCUAUGACAAAGUGUUAAAAGCCAAAAAAGCAGCUCAGCUUCGAAAUAAGCAAUUGGAUAGUAAACGCCAAAAACUGAAAGCAGACCUAGAACAGCGUGAAAGAGAUGCAUGGCACAAAUUCAACAGUACGCAGCAAUACACCACGGCAUCAAAAAGCGAUGAAGAAUUGUUACAGGAUCAAAUUGAACGACUACGCCGCGAGGGUUCCAAGCUAUUGGAAGAGGAACAGCGACUAAUGAGAGAACAAUUGUUAAGAACCAUGGCCAAAAGUCAACGAACACACGAAAAAAAAAUAUUUGAUUCGUCUGCGCAUCGGAUCAAAAUCAAGUGGAAAGCUGAAAAGAAAGAUGCAGACAAUGGUGGAUAUACCCAAGAAAUGCUACAAAAUUUUCUUAAGAAAUAUGGAGAACUUGUUGCUUUAGUAAUGUCUAAAAAAAAGGGGAGUGCACUUGUAGAAUUUAAGACACUGGAAGCAGCAGAGCUAGCGAUAGCAUACGAAAGAGGGUGCCUAGAGAAUCCUUUACAGAUGGAAUGGGUUACUGCACCAACAACAAAAGCGGUUGAAACCCCUCUCAGUUCUUCACUGGAUUAUGAAAAUUUGGUUAUGCGCAAACUUCGACAGGCUGAGGAACGCAAAAAGCUAAUAGCACAAAUGCAAGCAGAAGACGAAGCGGAAGAAUAACUAACUAAAGUUUAAAGUAUUUUUGAGACACGCAUGUAUAAUAAAAGAUUUCCAAACAAUUUAA